AAUGGCAGGCCGGUUAGAAAGAGUGUAUGGAACAGAUGAAGAAAAAGUAUUAUUAAGAGUCCUAAUGUUAGGUGAAUUGUCCAUUUUAUAGAAAUAUCGGAGCUUGUCGUUACGAAAACAAAUGUUCAAGAAUUCAUAGCAUACCUCCAAUCUCUUAGACUAUUUUAUUCAAAGUAAGAUUUUCAAUGUAAUGACCAGCAUAUGUAUAAAAACUCUCCUAUAGAAGUAGCAAUAGCCUCCGAAAAUGCCAUGACUUAAGCGGGUAUUGAAGAGGCAUUGGAAAAAUUCGAAAGCUUUUAUGAAGACGUAUUUUUAAAAGUAAAAGUGGAUAUUAUGAUAAGCUGGCAGAGUUUGGUGAGAUUCAAGAUUUAAUUGUAUGUGAAAACUUUGGAGAUCAUUUAGUGGGGAAUAUAUAUGUGAAAUACACAUCAGAAUUGUUUGCAGAAUUAUGCUUCAAUGCUCUUUAGAAUUUAUCAUAUGAAAAUAGACCUUUGCAAAUGGAAUAUUCACUUGCAGACUUUAGCAGGGCUUAAUGCAAAAAAUACAUUGAUGGGACAUGUUAGAGGUAUGAAAUUAGAAAUAAAGGAUUUAAGAGGAGGAGCAUGCAAUUAUUUACAUCUCAAGAAGAUAUCGACUAAAUUUAAGAAGAGUUUAUUUAAUCAAAUGUAUGAGGAGCAUCCAGAAUAUAGAGAGAAAACAGAGAAGGAAGUCACUGAGUAAGUCAAUUAAAUUGUUAUUCUAAUUAGAAAGAGUCUGAAGUAGCAUAAAAAGAAGGAGAAAUAGAGUAGUAACAGUAGAGAAUCAAGUCGUAGAAAUUCUAUUGAAAGACAGAAAAUGAUUAAUGAUUGGAAUGAAACUGGUAUCCAAAAUGUAUGUUACCCUCAUUAUCAUUGGUAUUUAGGUUUCAUAAGCACAAAAAAUGAUAUAUGGUAAAAAUAUGCCUGCUCCAGUUUAUACUCCAAAAGUAUCGAUGAGAACGAGUCCCGAAUUAUUACAAUCGCAAUUAUAAAUGGCUGCUUAGAAAGAAAUAGUUGGCUGCAAUUAAGAUGGGUUGAAAGGUCUAUUAUAUAUAUAAUUAUAUAUAUAUUAAUUAUGAGAAGGAAGAAUUGGAGACCAGAAGUAUAUAAUUUAAACUUAUCAAACAAGGAAGAUAAGGCAUUGCUUGAAAUAUGCAAGAGUCAACAUUACAAUUGGAGAAGAGUUUCGAAAUAAAUGAUAUCGAUUGGAUAUAAAAGAUCAGGUAAAUCAUGCAAAGAGAGAUUCCAUAAUUAAUUAAAUCCUUAUGUCAACAAAGAUCAAUGGACUCAAAAUGAAGUUGAUAAACUCUUUGAGUUGCAAAGCAAAUAUGGUAAUAGAUGGGUAAUUGUCUAAAAUUAUACUUAAAAAGAGGAUCAUUGCAAAAGAAUUACCGUAAAGAACGGAUGGCUUAAUUAAAAACUAUUUUUAUUCAUUAGUUCGAAAAGUUCUAAGACGUCUUUCCAAGACUGUUAAUGGAACCAAAAAUGGUAACAAUAUCAGAUUACUAAAAAAGGAUCUUAAAUGACGAAAACUCUAAAACCAUCUGUUAUUUCCUAAAUAUUUUGUGUCAAUCAGAAUCAAGUCAAUGAUGCUGGAAUCGAAGUGGAAUUUGCAGAGCUCUUUCGAAAUAUUAUAUUAAAAUACAAAAAUUUUAACUUAUCCUAAUAAAUUGAUAUUGAGGACAUUGAUAAAAUUAAGUCCAUUUUUCAAACAUUACAACAAUUAAAGUACGUGUGUCAUUUUAACUUAGUGAAUCAUACAAUGAUGAUUUGGAAAAGAAAAAUAUCUCCAAAAGCAGAUCCAAAAGCCAUAAAAUAAAAACUAAGUUAAGUAACGUUAAUAUUGACCAUGUAUUUCAAAUGCACCCAUAUUUUCCUAGCUCAUCCUCUAGAAGAUAUAACUUAAACAUCCGAUUUUCACAAUGAAAUCCUGUCCUUUGCCAAAACUAUAUUCGAAAUUUGUAUUUCAUCAUAAUACGUAUCAUCCUACACAAUUAAUGUAUUAAUCAAUUUCAUCUUUCACAUCCUAAAACAUAGACUAAAAUAACAGUUAUGGUGCCAUCUUGAUCAAACCUGAGUAAUUAUUAUUUUUUCAACCACCUCCUUCACCAUAUUAUGUAUUUUUAUACCCAAAUUAAUAGACUAUGAAUAUAAGCGCAUUCAUCUAAUAAUAGUCAAGCAUGCAUACCUAUUAUAGUUCCUACUUCAAUCCAACCCCUGAAAUUAAAGAGGAACAUGAAACAUGA